UGUGCUUCUGUUAGUGACCAGAACUUAUUCCUAGUUACAAAUGUUGAAAACACAGCAUUUUUAUAAUCUGUGAUUAUUUUUGUGUUAUAAAACGAUAAACGAGUUUACCGGACGCGGGUUUUAAUUUUUUAAAAGUAGUACAAAAGUGUUUUUUUUUAUUUUAUAAAAAUGUAUUUAAAGUGUUUUUUAGUUUUAUUUAUUAUCGGAUAUAUUAAAGCUGAUUAUAUGUAUCCAUCGGCAGUGUCUUGUGGAUUUCCUCGUUUAGCGAAUGGCAGAGUGCGAGUGAGACAGAAAUCUAGAUUAGUGAAGUUCAUUUGUUCGCCGCCAUAUGAGUUAGUUGGGAACAAAUAUGCCACAUGCAGAGGGUCGCAAUGGGAUGUACCAUUGCCAGUGUGUGUUCGUUCUGGAUGCACCGUACCUUCUAUACAGAAUGGAGUGGAGAUACCUUCAAGACAAAAUGCCUGGGUGGUCUUCUUCUGUCUGCCGGGACACAAGAUGAUUGGCUCAUCAACUAUAUAUUGUGAUGGGAGAAAAUGGAAUGGAACAGCACCAUCGUGUGUUGAUGCAACAUCAUCUGGUCUACCGAAAUGUGAUUUUGAAGAUCCCAAUAUCUGUGGCUGGAUGCAGGAUGAUCUCCAUGACUUCGACUGGACCAGGCUGAAUGAUAAAUCACCUUCGUUCAUCCUCUUCACCGGACCACCUUACGAUCAUACUUAUGGGAAAGGGGGUUCAGGUUACUACAUGUAUAUCGAAAGUACUUCAAGAUUAAAAAAUGAUACAGCGCGCCUCAUAUCGCCAAUAUACGAUGGCUCCUUAGCUAAGGAUGGAUGCUUUGUCUUCUUCUACCAUAUGUAUGGAAAAACAGUUGGUGGUCUCCGAGUGUACCAGAAACCGGAGAACUAUGCUCUCAGUUCCCUCCUCAAUCUGCGCAGUAGCGAGAAACAGAAAUACAUUUUGUUUGAGAAAUGGGGUAACCUGGGUAAUACUUGGUUUGAGGCUGUUCUACCGCUUGUCGACUUCUCGGAUAACUUUCAGAUUGUGAUCGAAGGCAUCCGAGGGUCUAGUUUCACGAGCGACAUCGCGAUAGACGACGUGGCCAUCUUGCAGGGCAAAAACUGUACUGCAGCGCAGCUUGAGGCCACGACACCUUCCACACUUCUACCGGAUUCCUGCGUUGGUCGUUGCGACCUGUUGGGGAUAAAUAAGACCAGUGCUGGUUGCAGCUGCACAACUUCUUGUUUCGCAGCAGAAAACUGCUGUGCUGAUUUCUUCGAUACUUGUAUAUUUUCUAAUGAUGGGGAUACUAACAAUGAUGACAAUGUAAGCAAUACUACAGAGAUAGCGCCACAGACGCAAAAAUUAAUAGCCAGUACACAAGAAACAGCUUCAACUACAACAGUAACAACCACCAACACUACACCAAGAACAACCACAACAACAACAAAAAGAACAACUACAUCCACAACGACAACAACUAAACCAACAACAACUAAAUUAACAACUACAACUAAACCAAACACAACUAAACCUAACAUAACAAAGAUUGUAGAUAAAAAGGUUGUUAAUAAAACAAAUCCACCAUACAAAUCCUCAACAACACAGCAAACCACGACAACAAAUUUACCGACAACAACACAUAAGACAACUAGCCCUAAAAUUCAAAUAGAUUACUCGUAUACGCCAAUACAAGAUGUAUUUCAAGAUGUGAUUGGAAAAGGAAUAAAAGAUGAGAAAAUUGGAGAAACAGACCAAAAUACUAUAGUGUACGCGAAAGAACCUACAAAAUCUGGUAGCUUGAAGACGAGUCUUAUGUCAUUAUUGGCAAUAUUAUGUUUCAUCGGUUUAGUUUGGUUAGUUUUGGAGGUUAGAAGUUCCCGUGGUCGACGCACGUUGGCGCGUAUUCGAGGUCAUGUCACAAGCGAUCCAGAAGUCCGAUAUCUAUCAACAGAUGUAGACGAUGAUUAAAUUAUUUUAUUAAA